AUGCAUUCGCAAACAAAUGAUGAACAUGAAAAUACCGAACCAAACUCACUCAACCAAAACGCACAAAAGGGUACUACUGCUGCAACAUGGCGCCCAAAAGAAAAGCACAAACACACGAAAAGCAUAUUUCCUUUCGGAAAUUAUCAUCGUUACUAUGGCUAUCGUAACCAAAAUGCAACUCCUGCAGAGGAUGUUCGGCUGGAAGCUUUUGUACGACAGCGUGAACUGUUUGAAGCAAAGCAUAUUCUCGAUAUUGGCUGCAACAACGGUGCUCUGACGGUGCAGCUUGCUCUGAACUGCAAACCAGCAUCGAUCGUGGGAAUCGACAUUGAUGGGGAACUAAUCAUGCAGGCGCGGAAACUUUGGAAAAUGACGCUAUCACAAGGUAGUCUCGCGAGUGAUGAAAUGAACCCGAACGCGGUAUGUUUUAAACGCACAAACUACAUCUAUGAUGACGCAGCGCUCCUUGCGUUGGAAAAACCACGAUACGAUGUUAUCCUGUGUCUAUCAGUGACAAAGUGGAUGCAGUUGAAUUUUGGUGACGAGGGGUUGCAAUUAGCCUUUCGGCGGAUGUAUCGCCAGUUGCAUCCAGGCGGGUUACUAAUACUGGAGGCGCAACCAUGGAGCAGCUACAGACGACGCAGGAAUCUGACGGAAAAGAUAGCGAAAAAUUUCCAUGGUAUUACAUUUUUUCCAUCGAUGUUUGAGAACUUUUUGCUCGGCGAGGAAGUUGGCUUCCGUAAUUGUACAGAACUAUCGGUGCGACAGCACUCUGAAAAAGGAUUCCAAAGAACAAUACAGCUGUAUAAAAAGUAA